CGCUCCUCCGCAGUCUUACGUGUGCUGUGUCGAAUCGAGGUGCCGAGGUUCGCAGAUAGCACCGACGACUGCUAUGACCAAUGAGGUGGAGGAAACACACAACAGCUGCGUAUAAACGCAGUCGUGGCGUGAAAUAAAAGCUAUCACCAAAACUGGAGCGCCUGGCUAGUGUCUUACAGGCCGCUAGCUUUGGCAGCGCGAGGCAGCGCGAGACCAGGAGCGCGCGGAGACCAAAUUCGUCACUAUCGUGUCACCUAUGAUCGCUCAUGAAAGAGCUGAGAUCUGUUAAUGGCGUAAACAUGAGACAAUGAAACCUCACAAAUUUUUGCUCCUCGCCGCGGCGGCGGCGGUCGUCGCCGAGCGAGCGGAGCCGACGGCCCACUUCAUUUUACUGGCGACGCAGCGCACGGGAAGCACGUGGGUCAUGAGCGAGCUUUCGAAGCACUCGUCGUGCAUCGCCACGGGCACGGAGCUCUUCCUCGACCACAAGGGCUUCACUUGGACGGAGUCUUCACGUGUCCGGUGCCUGAAGACGCUCUACGGGUCCGACGUCGACAAAAAGCAGAAGCCCCACAAGUGCUCGGAGAAGUUUAAGAAGGUCCGCGGCCGGCGUCCGACUUCAAAAUCUUGCUACGCCACCGACGCAGCUCCCCACGCAGUUUCGAAGCGAAGUCCGCGACUUCGCCGCGCGCCAGAAUCGCUCGUCCCUGCCCGCCGUCGUCGGCUGGAAGUACCUGCUCAAUGCGGGCAAGCCGGGGCCCCGAUCUAAAAUUGGCGUCGGGGGUAUGAUGCGCGACUGGCCCUGGCUCAAGCGCAUGUGGAAGCACAGGGGGGUCAAGGUGCUCUUUUUACGACGGCGGAACCACCUCGCGACCGUCGUCUCGCGCUGCGCUGAAAUCAAAAAAAAUUACGGCCCGGCCGCGGCACGUUCGUGCUGAAUCGUCGCGUCGUCCUCCACGCCAUCGACGCGACGCCUGCGCUAUGGCGGGUUCCUCACCGCUCGACCGAGCCAGGACCGAGCACCCGACGCACUGGUUGAUUUCCACACAGGUCUCUCGCGCGUCCAACUGGAAGACUCACGACGCGCACCCAAAACCUGAGGACCUACAGCGCAUUGCGAAGAAAAAGGUCAAGCUCGACACAAGCGGUCGGUGGGAGAUGCUCCGGCAGCUCAAGAACGUGAAGAACGCCUACAGCGAGCUCGGCCACCUCCGGGACAAGGCGCGGGCCGCGGGCCUCGAGACGCGCAUGGUGGCCUACGAAGAUUUAUCAGCGAACGCGACGGCGUUCGCCCAGCUCGCGAACUGGCUCCAGGGCGGCGGCUCGAAGUGCCCCAGUGCGUUGGACACGUCGCGGGAGGUCGACGGCCCGGGCGCGCGCGCGGUGCUCAAGAUCCACUCGAAGCGCCUGAACGAGACGGUCCUGAACUGGAACGUCGUCGUGAAGACGCUGACCGGGACGGAGUUCGAGCGGUUCUUGCACGAGGAUGCGUAAG